AUGCGAAUCAUAAUUCUGCACAAAGGUCUGUUCAGCACGAAUCAUGUUCGCCUAAAGAUCUGGCCAGACUCUGAUCAUAAUUUUGUGCGAACACUUGAAAACCAGGGAUCAUUUUAUUAUCUUGCCGAGACCACUAAUUUUAGAGAUAUUGAUGAUAUUGGUAUAGAACAUAAUGCAACCGUCAUCACCUGCGGAUUCGAAAUGGCUGACGACAUUAAGAUCAUCGGUAACGAAGUUGAUGUCAAGUUAGUGAAUGUUACAUACAGAAAUAAUAGAUCGUCGAUUGAGGAAUAUAAGAGAAAUCAUUUAAAUUUACUUUUGCCAACCUCAGACGGAUAUGCGAUUGUCAUGGAGAAUAAAGUAGCGAGAACUAACGACAAAAUAGUCAAGAGUUUGGGAUUCAUUUUUGAAGAAGACUAG